AUGCAGCAAUGGGAAGGAAAGAAGGAAGAAAGAGCACAUAUGCGAAAUGAUUACAGUAGGUUUAUAGGUUACAGGUGUGUUGAACUUCACUUCGUUGCACUUCGUUACGUUCAACUGUUUAUAGAUUACAGUAGGUUUAUAGGUUACAGGUGUGUUGAACUUCACUUCGUUGCACUUCGUUACGUUCAACUGUUUAAAGAUUACAGUGGGUUUAUAGGUUACAGGUGUGUUGAACUCCACUUCGUUGCACUUCGUUACGUUCAACUGUUUAUAGAUUACAGUAGGUUUAUAGGUUACAGGUGUGUUGAACUUCACUUCGUUGCACUUCGUUACGUUCAACUGUUUAAAGAUUACAGUGGGUUUAUAGGUUACAGGUGUGUUGAACUCCACUUCGUUGCACUUCGUUACGUUCAACUGUUUAUAGAUUACAGUAGGUUCAUAGAAAAUCAACAAUUCCUCUAUAAUUAUGUCGUAAUAUUAGACAACUAUAAAGUGUAUAAUAAUAAAAUAAGCAACGUUCUUACAUCACUCAACAAUAAUAUAAUGGAAUUUUAUGAAGGAUUGAAACCAUAG